AUGUGUCUCAAAAAUAUACAUUUAAAACCAUUUCUGAUAAUUUUAAUUGCAUGUCUUUUGUGUGUUGCAAUAGUUUCCUCCAGUUCUUGCCUCAAUUGUACUGAAAAUACAUUUAAAUUCACAGAAAUAAUCUCACGCAAGAGAAGAUACUUGGUUUUCCCACCAGGAUCAACUAUUCUCUGUACACUUUCUGUGGUGAAGGCUUUUAUGUUUACAUCACCAAGAGGACACAACAUGGUGAUGGAAGUGGACUUUUACUAUCCCCUGCCAGAUAAGGUGAUCCAUCAUAGGAAGGAAAAUCCCAAACCCGUUGAAACCACAACGCAAAAACCAAUUGUUGCAUCGCCCCCAGUUGAGUUACUUGACUUCCAUCAUGAUGAUGAUUUGCAUAAUUUCCCGCAUUACCACGAUGAAGUGUUAACGUCACACAGGAAAAAUGAUUUGGGGGUGUAUUUAUCGAAAUAUAAUUACCCAAAAUUUAAUAAAAAAUAUUUUAAUCAGAAAAUCAAUCAGAAAAACUACAUAAAUCCUCUGUAUAAAAGCAAAUUUCGCAACAAAAUGCGAAAAAGGAGAGAUGAGAUGAAAGAAAGUCUUGAUGUUAUUGGCAAUCAUGAGCACAAAGGUCACAGGGAUCGUCGAGAUUUCUACAGGAGUAUUGAAAAAUUCAUAGAUGAAAAUGAUGUUGGUCUAGAUGGUCGUUCAUGCGUUCUAAGGACUAUUUGUGAAGUACAGCUUUGGUUAAUGCCAAAGGGAGUAUCACUCUUUCAUGAUAUUAUACGCCUCCUGUUCUCAUUGCCAUCAAAUAGUCAUCAUAUCGACCAUUACAAGGAAGCAAUGUCAUCUGAUGAGUACAACAAUUGUCAAGUUUAUGAAAAGAAAUGCCCCAUAAGCAUAUUGAGCUUUAUUCUAUAUAGCGAGAAAAAAAUAUAAUUUUCAUUUUGUAAAAAUUA